AUAUUCACCGCGGGAAAUUGUGCAAGCGGUUUAUUUUUAGAUUUCGGGAAUUUCCCUAAUUAUAUUAUCCAAUGAAAAUUAAUCUGCUAUUUCUCACGUGAUCUUGUCGUCUGUCAUUACAACGACAACAAAAAUGGCAGGUGUUCACGACGAAUCAACUGAAAAUGUAAAAAAACCACGGUUUGCAAGUAUAAAUGACGACAAAUAUCAACAAAUUUUAAGGGAAAAAGAUUCAAUCAACACCCAAAAAGCCACAAAAAGAGCAAUAAAGCUAUUCAUAAAUUAUUUAGAGGAAAAAGACCUGCCGAGUGACAUCGAAAAUUACCCCGUCAAUGAACUUGACAGAGUUCUCUCCAAAUUUUAUGCAGAAGCACGGAAUAAAAAUGGGGAACUUUACAAAACCACAACAUUAAAGAACACCAGAUACGGGAUAAACAUGUAUUUAACUGAAAAAAGAGAUAUUGACAUUAUGAAAGACCCAGACUUUAUGAAAUCAAACAAAAUGUUCAAGGCUAUGUCGGUUCAACUGAAACGUGAUGGAUUAGGAGGGAUUGAGCAUUAUCCACCCAUUGAAGAGGACCAUAUUAAGACAAUUUAUAGUUCUCUAACACAAAUGGAUCCAGUGUCUCUUCAACAAAAGGUUUUCAUAGAUUUAAUGCUGUACUUUGGUCGACGAGGACGGGAAAAUCUCCGGGAUUUAAAAGUAAAGGACUUUGAAUUUUCAAAACAAGGUGGUGGUGACAAAGAACACAGAUAUAUAAGAAUACAACGGGAUGAACUAACAAAAAAUCACAAGGAAGAUACAAAUACUGCAUUUGGAAAAAUGUACGAGGUGAAAGAUGAUGCUAAGUGUCCAGUAAAGAGCUUCAUCAAGUACGCAACCAAACUCAACACAAACUGUGAAUAUUUCUUUCAAAGGCCAAAAACCACCAUAAAUGAUGACUGUUUGGUAUGAUGCAGCACCAUUAGGACAUAACACCCUAGGUGCUAUGAUGCCGGCAAUAUGUGAAAAGGCCGGUCUCGGAAAAAGAUAUACUAACCAUUCACUUCGUGCAACAACUGUCCAUGUUUUGGAUGAGGCUGAUUUUGCUGGAAGGCAUAUUAUGUCAGUAACGGGUCACAAAAGUGAAAAUUCUUUAAAAACAUAUACCGGGUUUACAUCAGACAGAGUACUACAUAAUAUGUCAAACGUAAUUAGUGAAAGUCUUCGGACAGAUGCUACACCUACAACUUCUACUGCUGCAGUUCCUGAUCUUAAUGUUGAAGAUAUGUUCCAAAUUGAGAAUGACAGUGACAUUAUUGACUUCAUGCUUUUGUCUGAUUCGCAAAUGAAUAAUUUAUGCCAAGACAUUACUAGUACUAACUCUUCACAUGGACCGGUGGCUGCUUGUGAACAGCAACAAGUAAAUGUUAACAAAACAGCAACAUAUUCAAGCUAUCCAUGUAUAAACAAUUUUGGAAAUGGAUAUCCAAAUUAUCCUGUCAUUACAAACAAUUAUGGGAAUAUCAAUAUCAACUACAAUAUCAUUCCAAAGUAAACUGUCUAUAGACAUUUUUAUUGUUACAUUGUGUAAAAGAACCUGUGAUUAUUUCAAAAACAUCUUAAUACCUGUUUCCAAGUCUGUUCUCUAAUUUUUGCAAAAUUAAAUUUGUGUUGGUAUUAAAAGAUUAAUUUCUUUUGAUUAUUAUUCUUACAAAAAAGGAUAUUUCAGGGAGAUAACUUAACAAUAACUAUGAAUAAAUCAUACAAAUAUCCAGUAAAUUGCAAAAAAAAAACAACAAACAAA